AUGGCUGCAGUAAUAAUCAAUCCAGCCUGUUCUUCCCGUCCCCCCCCUGCUACUGCUCUGGAGUCAUCUCAGUCUAGGCCAUAUCUAGCCAGUCUGGCUGACGAGCCGAUGGGAGCCUUUGCCCCGGCAUUUUUCCCACAGACCUUGCAGUCAGGCUCUCACGAGCCAACUUCAGCUACCUCCAUAAUUCCGGAUGCUUCGGCUCGAGAUUAUCGGGAAGCUGGCGUCAUUCCCACACCACCCUCUGGUCAAAUGCCAAUCCCUACUGUCCCCCUUGAGGCCCCUUUGCGGGUCGAGACAACUCAUCACAUGCUUGCUAAGCAACUGGCUGCUUCGCCACGAUUGCAAUCACGACCGGGUGCGUAUUCCUACAUGUUGCCAUUCUCACAAAUUGUGGCAAAUUGGGCAUAA